AUCGGAUCCAUCGGCAUUCAGGAGGUCAAUUGUGAGCAGAUCGACAUGACUUAUGUGCGUGUCAACUCUACAGAGCUAGCGAUGUGCGUCGAUGAGGACAUUCGACAGUUCAAAUACGAGGUGGAAGAAGCCACAUGCUCUGGGUCCAUUCCCCGACGAACACCUACAGUAGGCAGUCCGACAGAUAGUGCCGUUCCCCUUCUUUCCGCUCAAAUCGGUCUCCAAUUCUACACAAAAUCCAAAAAACCAAGUUCUGUGAUUGGAACGGCGGUUAGUUGGUUCGGAAGUGCAACCGGGGCGAUGGGAUGCGAAGAGGGGACGUCUUGGGAGGAAUGGAAGCUGAUUUUGGAUGUAUUCCGAGUGGAAUCCAUCGAUGAACUACAGAAAAUGAGACAGAGGGUUGCUGAUGACAUUGGAGAGAAGGUUUUGGACAUUUGCGAGCACAUUAAUCACAAUCAUUAUACACCGAAAAUGCCGACGAGAAGCGAGAUUCCAGAGGUUUUUGAGACGAGAUUCUCCGAUUGUCAGCCUUAUUUGUUCAAGAUUUGUAGACAAGCCGUGCCCAAAAUGGAGUUGAAACAAACAUUCACACAAGCGGCGUUAUCUCGCUGGAAAGACAUUCUUGCU